AUGAGUGGCAGCAAAAUUUAUACUGACGAAGAAAUUGAAAAAUUUCUUGCAAUGUGCGACGACGAGAAUGGAUUAGACGAUGAGUUAGACAACAGCGAACUAGAAUCUGAUGCAGAAAUCGAGCAAAACGAAAGCUUAGGGGAUGCAAGUUCUUCAGAAGAAUCAACCGACACAGAUGAAGAUAACAUACCUUUACAUUUAUUGAGAGCCAAGUCAAAUAUAAUUUAUUUUAAUAAAUCUAUUUUGCGGGGCAAAAAUAAACAUAAGUGGUCAACAAAAAAGGGCAAAUCUUAUCGUUAUGGUCUAAAUGUAGUACAUAAAGCUCGAGGACCAACACGCCAUUGCAAAAAUAUAACAGACCCACUGCAAUGCUUCCAAAUGUUCAUUACACCAGAGAUCGUGGAGGAAAUUGUUCAAUGGACAAACAUUGAGAUUGCUAAUCGGCAGUCCAUCUUACUUGUAACUACAGAUGAAGCUCAAAGGAAAGCAACUACUUCAAAUGAAAUGUCUGCCUUAAUUGGACUCUUGGUACUAACAGCAGUCAAGAAAGAUCAGCAUCUGUCUGCAGAUGAAUUGUUUGACAGAUCUUAUGGUGGAACAACAUAUAUUUCGAUAAUGACAAAAGCAAGGUUCAAAUUUCUUAUGUCAUGUCUUCGAUUCGACGAUAAAUCUGCACGCCUUCAAAUAGUUGAAGACAAAUUUGACCCCAUUAGAAAAAUUUGGGAGAUGUUCAUUCAAAAGUGCCGUGAAAACUAUACGCCUGGAGAAUACCUUACGAUUGACGAGCAACUACUGGCGUUCAGGGGAAAAUGUAGCUUCCGGAUGUACAUUCCAAACAAGCCUGCAAAAUAUGGACUCAAAAUGGUAAUGAUAUGUGAUAGCGGUACAAACUACAUGGUUGAUGCUAUGCCGUAUUUGGGAAAAGGAUCAAACAAAACCACCUUUCCACUUGUACGUGCCAACGAGAAUAUUAAAACCGUCUUUAAUAGUACGUACCAAUGCGAACUCGUCCUUAAGCAGUACGAAUUCACGCGCACACCAACAACCUGUAGUAUCAGUUCGCAGGAACCUUCACGAAGAAAUCCAGGAGGACCUUAG